AUGGAUGGGAGCGACGAGGAGGACGAGGAGAUCACCGCCGCCACGCUGCGGGGCGAGCCCCGGCAGCCGCCAAUCUCCGCGCUGUCCUCCUUCAGCUACGUCCCGCCGAGGCGCCAGGACCCUAAGGAGUACAGCUACUACUACCGCCCGAGCCAGACAGGGAUUGUUUCCCUCUAUGAUUGUGUUUUUAAGAGGCGCUUAGAUUAUAACCAGAAAUUGCACCGGGAUGACAGAGAACACGCCAAAGGUCUGGGUCUCCAUAUCAAUGAGGAGGAGCAGGAGAGGCCCGUGGGAGUGCUGAUGUCCUCUGUCUACGGGAAGCGCAUCCACCAGCCGGUGGAGCCCCUGAACCCGGACCACAACCGUGUGAACCACGUGGAGGCCGACUUCUACAGGAAGAACGACAUCCCCAGCCUCAAGGAGCCCGGCUUCGGGCACAUCAAUCCAGCCUGA